CCCAUUUGAUAAACAGUUUCUAGUUUGCUAAUUUGGAAAUUUUUCGAGAUUGUCAUCGUUCCACCCAUAACGUGGAACGCGGAAGGACAACAUGCUUCACAGUUUUAUUCGAGGCUGCGCAUGUUCGCAAUACACUUGGUUAGAAAUGCCACUUAUAAAAAUCUUUGGACACCGAAGAAACCCGUCAGUAAGUUACAAAUCGUCCUAAAAGUUGCAUUGACCUUUGAACGGUUGCAGAGUCAUGAUGCCACGGCUUGCUAUCGAGUGAUGUGAUUUUUUCUUCGAUUCUUACCAGACGCAGACAUGAAGUGGUUGCGAAUUACAACACUAAUAUUACUCGCAUCGUUGAUUUAUGGCCGAGAGGCAUGGCAAAGACCAGGAUGCCAUAAAAUAGGCCACACGCGCAAAAUUAGCAUUCCGGAUUGCGUCGAGUUUUCGAUAUCGACCAAUGCCUGCCGAGGAUUUUGCGAAUCGUUCGCCGUUCCCUCGGAUCCAUUCGCUGUGGGGCUGAUGAAGCCGAUCAAACCGGUGACAUCCGUUGGCCAGUGCUGUAACAUCAUGGAAACGGAGGACGUAAAAGUACGGGUGUUUUGCGUCGAUGGUAUUCGCAAUCUAAUAUUUAAAUCGGCUAUCAAAUGCGCCUGCUAUCAUUGUAAAAAGGAGUGAUUGGCGUGUCGUGUAAGAACGCGCCACUUAUAGAAAAAUAAAAUGUAAAUUAAUGAAAGUUUUUACCUCUGAACAAGCAUGUUUUCGCAUAAGUGUUGGACAUCGUAGUCAUAGUGUUUUAAUAAAUUUAGGAAUCGU